AACUUACGUCAGACAAUUGCGUUAUUAAUUUUCUUUGUCUUUGUAAUAUAGUUAUUAUAUGUAACGACAUAAGAACUAAAAUUAAUUAAUUUAAAGCGUUACAAAGAGUUUCACGGCGACAAACAGUGAAGACUGGAGGGAGUUUGAAUUUGGAGAAUGGUUGUAGAAUUUGUUAUUAACAUUAACACUACAAAAGCAAACUCUAACUGAUAGAGUGCGAUCGUUUAUUAAGCCGUAUAUUAAUAACAUUUUAGUACUAGGUGUGCAUUUGAAUCAAAAAUAACUGAUUGCUUAAAAAUUGUAUAUUAGUUUAAUUUUUGCUAUUUUUCUAUUUAAGAAAUAAUCAUGGAGCGUAAAUUUUUAAACGUUAUUCUGCUUGGUUUCGGAUUUAUGUUCGUGUUUACUGCUUUCCAAACUAUGGGAAAUAUUGAGAAAACCAUAUUGGACAGUAUAACACAGGAUGAUCCAGCCUUCACUGGCGACGGAUACACUUCGCUCGCCAUCAUCUAUGCAACACUGGCUAUUUGCAAUUGGAUGGCUCCCUCCAUCAUAAGCAUCACGGGACCACGAGGCGCCAUGCUUAUCGGGGCACUUACUUAUUUAUUCUUCAUAGUAACAUUCCUGUUCCCUCGCACUUGGUUCCUGUACGUGGCGAGCGUGCUGAUAGGCGCUGGAGCCGCCGCGAUAUGGACGGGACAAGGGAACUACCUAACGCUUAACAGCGAUGCUGAGACUAUUUCCAGAAAUUCUGGUAUCUUUUGGGCGAUGUUACAAUGCAGCUUAUUCUUCGGCAACCUGUUCGUCUUUAUAAAGUUCCAAGGCAAGACGCAUAUAGACCUGGAGACUCGUAACGUAGUAUUCGGCGCGCUGACCGCGGUGUGCGCUGUGGGGAUCGUCUUCAUACUGCUGUUGAGGCCGACCAGACGAGCGCCAACCAUUGAUGAUAGCGAGAUGGCUGUGUCAGAGGCCGAAGGUCCAAUGGAAGCGUUCAGAGGAGCGCUCAGGUUGUUCUGCACCAGUGAUAUGAUACUGUUGAGCGCUGCUUUUGUUUAUACAGGUGUCGAGUUAUCCUUCUUCAGCGGCGUGUACAGCCCCAGUAUCGGUUUCACUCUUGCAAUGGGCGAAAAUGCAAAACAACUUGUAGGCCUCUCUGGUGUAUUCAUUGGUAUGGGAGAAGUACUUGGUGGAGCCAUUUUCGGUAUCCUCGGUAACAAAACAACGAGAUGGGGUCGGGAUCCUGUGGUGAUCAUGGGCUACCUCAUCCAUAUGACCAGCUUCUUCCUGAUCUUCAUCAAUCUGCCAAACGCAGCGCCCUUCGGCGACACCAUGGACACUUCCUACAUCACGCCCUCGCCCUACUUGGCUAUGUUCUGCAGUUUCCUCCUAGGAUUCGGGGACGCCUGUUACAACACCCAGAUUUACUCGAUGCUGGGCGGAAAGUACGCGGACAAUAGCACAUCCGCCUUCGCUCUGUUCAAGUUCACUCAGUCGCUGGCGGCCGCGUCGUGCUUCUUCUACUCGUCGCGCGCGCCGCUGUCGGUGCAGCUGGGCGUGCUGGCCGUGCUGGCGUCGGCGGGCACGGCCGCCUUCUGCCGCGUGGAGUGGCGCUCGCGGGCCCGCGCACGCGCCGCCGCGCUCGAGCCCGCCGACGACAAGCUGGCGCCCGCCACGCACUCGCUCGCCGACAACACGCUGCACUACGACUGAGCCCCCCCCCCUGCUGCCUCGCCGCUGCGAUGUGCUGACUUCACUUGUGUGACGAAUGAUGGUUGUUGUUGUCGUAGCCGUGUCGACAUUCCAUAUUCUUAAAACGUUAUUUUUUUAUAGGAGCUUUAUUUUUUCGCUGUACUAUGAAUUAGUUCUUAAUCAUUUCAAUCAACGUUACCAUACUGUGUCCUAGCUACCACAAGCGGGCUCAUCUUUUAAAGUAGGUACUUAUGACAGACCUUGUAUCACAUGCCUCGAGUACUGAACCGAUGAUUACUCAACUUUACAUUUUUAAUGGCUUUCAUUUUAUACAUUUGUUAAUGGUAAUAAUUAUUCUUCCAUUUUGAGAAACGAAAAAGAUGAUUUUGUUCCCUUAAUCGCAGUGGAAGCUGGAAAAGGUUCGAAUAAAAAUUUUAUUCAUUAAAUUAAAUUUAAUAAAUAAGUUACUUGAAGAUGCUCAAGUAACACUAUUAACACUAACAGAAUGACAAGAACACUAACUAUAACUCUAUCUUAAAUAUUAGCCAAUUAUUAAUUUUAUUUAUUUCUUAUAAAUAAGAAAUAAAACUUCUAAGGUAUUAAAAUCUUGAAUAUUAACAUUAUGUUAGACCUAUAUUUAGCGAUCCGUGCGCGUCCUGGUUAGAUACUACGAAACGUAAAAACUGUUUAAAUGUUCAGUACAUAUCUUUUUUCAUUUUAACUUCUCAUAUCUUUCAUCGCCUUAGAAAGACGAUUUAUACAAACAAUAUUACAUCUAUAAAAUUUUAUUUGAUAUCCUACUAAACAUUGUACUAUUUCAUUUAAAUAUCAGAAAACAAUAGAUUUCAUACAGCAUUUGUUUUUUGAGUAUUGUUUUAUUAAUAAUAUUAUCAAAGAUCUCAAAAACCACUAAUAGUUUUGAAAUAACGUCAAUAAAAAAGUGAGCAAUUACGAAGUUGUUUAUAUGUAUACAAAAAGUAUCAAUAGAAUUUCAUAAAUAAGGCAGAGUAGAAGCCUCAGACUGAUAUUGAAAAGGUUUAUCGUAGUUAAACAUUCGAAUUUGUUAGUAUUAUAGAUAAUUGACUGAAUACAGGUGCAGGCCACAAUAUUGAUGUAAAAAUGAUAUUCAUUGGUUAAUUAUAAUAUAUACUAUCUGUGGCCCGGUGCUAAAAGGGCCAAUAUCAAUA